AUGGGUUCCUAUACUCAAGCAAACGUCGAGGGACUGGACGCCGUGACGCACACCUACGCCACCGUCAGCGAUGGAGCCGAAAGUGGAGUCGUCAGCUCAGUGGGCAAGGGCGUCACGGUAGCCUCGCUCGGUCGGAUACUGAAGAGCCGCGGCGUGUCUGUUUCGCUGAUGAAGCUCGAUCCAUACCUCAACGUGGAUCCCGGCACGAUGUCCCCGUACCAGCACGGAGAGGUGUUUGUAACCGAAGAUGGGUGCGAGACAGAUCUGGACCUCGGCCACUACGAGCGAUUCGUCGAUGUAAACCUGACCAGGCUGUCCAACAUCACUGCCGGUCAGAUCUACAGCGACGUCAUCGCACGCGAGAGGCGCGGCGAGUUCCUUGGGGGGACUAUCCAGGCGAUACCCCAUGUGACCGACGCGAUCAAACAGCACAUCCUGGAUCUGGCCGAGGAUUCCGGCGCCGACGUGAUCGUGGUCGAAGUCGGCGGUACGGUCGGCGACAUAGAGGGUCUGCCGUUCCUCGAAGCGAUCCGACAGAUGCGCAACGAGGGCGUCGGUACGCGACAACCGUACAAGAAUCGCAGAGAUCAGGCGUUUCGGACUCAGGACCGGCGAUCAAAUGGUUGGCCGGGUACGUCCCCCGAAGGAUGGCGACGCUACUUCGGCCUGGUCCGCGUGGAGCAGGUAAACGGAGUCAAGCCGGACGCGGCCCGGAACCGUCCGAAGUUCGAGGCACUGACACCGAUUUUCCCAAUCGAGCAAUUGAAGCUCGAGACUACUAACCGCAACCUUUCCACACGCCUCAUCGAUCUUCUCUCACCUAUUGGACGCGGACAGCGCGGCCUGAUCGUGUCACCUCCCAAGGCGGGCAAGACCUCGAUUCUCAAGGACAUGGCCGGCGGCAUCACCGCAACCAGGACUCCGCUUCGCGACAUAGGCACGCCGGUUACGGAAACACGCGUCCUGAAGUCGCUGGUUCCCGCCGAAGCUCCCUGUCCCACGCUGGGCCUCAACAUCGGGUACGACCUCACCCAGGAGCUCGCGCGUUAG